AUGCAGCGCCGCGGGCCCGCCCCUGUGCUGCUGCUGCCCCAGCUGCUGGCACUGCUGCUGGGGGCGGGUGAGUGCCAGAACCCAGGGGACCUCAGCAGCCACCGGGGAGCAGGCCUCCUCCAUAAACCUUAUCUCCCCUCUAACCCCCCGUCUGCCCUGCCCUCAACCUCCCCUCUGACCUUUCCCCCCCAGCUGACCCGCUGUCUGGCAGAGGUGGUCACAGAAGUGCUGACACUGGGCCAGGCUCAGAGAGGCCCCUGCACGGCUCUCCUCCACAAGGAGAUGUGUGGGACAGAGCCCUAUGGCUGUGCGUCCACUGAGGAGAAAGGCCUCCUGGUUGGGGACUUCAGGAAGCAGGAGGCUGGGAAGACAAGGUCCAGCCAGGAGGUGAGGGACGAGGAAGAGGAGGAGGCAGCAGAGAGGACCCACAAGUCUGAGGUGCGGGAACAGGCCAUCCGCAAGCAGCUGCACGGCCGGCUUCACCAGGAGGACGACCACGAGGAGGAGGAGGAGGAAAAGAAGAGGGGGCCCGCGGAGACCUUCAGGGGCCUGUGGAAGCGGCGUCUGGAGGGUGGAGGGGGGCCCCAGAAGCGGGUGGCGGAGCAGGCCAGUGACGAGGAGACGGCCCAGCUCGCCGCAGAGGAGAAGGGCGUGGAGGUGCUGGGCGGGGGCCGCCGCCUGUGGCAGGGGGCCGAGGGGCGUGGAGCAGAGCGGCCGGAGAACUCGCCGCACCACCACCUCCGCCAGCCGGACGCCGAGGCCAAGCAGGAGAAGGACGAGGCUUCCGAGUGGGAGGAGCAUGAUAUGGAGCGGCUGGAGCGCAUGAGAGAGGAGCUGAAGAAGGCCACAGAGAUGUUGGGGGAGGAGCUCCAGAGGGCAGGCUGACCCCCGACCCCAUGUCCUCCUCCUUCCCGACACACCCUAUGGCUUAGGA